AACAUACAAACUCUUACCCACAUUCUUGUACUACCUUAAUAUCCUCCAACGCUCUCACAAAGUUUUCUUAUCUUCUUUACCAAUCAAAUCUCUAAAAAAACUCAAAAUAACAACAUACUCGUAUAAACUAGAGAAUCAAAAACCUUGUUUCUGCUUCAGAAACUCAGAAAUUCUCUAACCUAGCUAUCAAGUGUAUAUGCACUUUCCUCUUAUGGAAACUUCAAGCUCUUCUUGGGUUUUCAAAUUUUUCUUCGCCCGCUUACUCAUUUUCUUUCUUUCUUCUUCUCCUUGCUUUUCAUGGAGGUUGCAUUCUUCAAUUAUCAACUCUACCAUUGAACACCAAAAUCACACAUUUAUAUCGGAAUUCCGGGUAGUAACUAGAAGACUCUUAAACGAGUGUCCUGAUCCAAACCCUUAUCUCCAAAUAGAAGUUACUCCAAAUUCCAACCUUGCCGACGAAGAGAAUGUCACGGUUACAAUUAGCGGAGUUUUGGUUCCUGAUGAGCAUGAUUGGGUUGCCAUGAUUUCUCCUUCUAAUUCAGAUAUCUCAAAAUGUCCAUUGAAUGAAGUUCUAUAUAUAGAGACCGGAGAUCUGACUAAACUUCCACUACUGUGCCAUUAUCCUAUCAAGGCACAGUACCUGGGCAUUGAUCAAGACUAUCUCAAAUGCACAAAGAAAGAAUGCAAGGAAUAUGACAAUGGAAAAUGUGUGUUAAACACUUGCAGUGGCUCAUUGAAGUUUCAUGUCAUUAAUAUUAGAACAGAAAUUGAAUUUGUGUUCUUUGCUGGUGGAUUCGAUACACCUUGCAUUUUGACAAGGUCAAAUCCUGUGAAGUUUGCUAAUCCAAAACAACCAUUAUACGGACAUCUCUCAAGCAUAGAUUCAACUGGAACAUCAAUGAGAUUAACAUGGGUUAGCGGUGAUAAGGAGCCUCAACAAGUACAAUAUGAGAAUAGAAAACAGACAUCAGAAGUUACUACAUUUACACAAGAUGAUAUGUGUAGUUUACUUGUACCAAGUCCAGCCAAGGACUUUGGGUGGCAUGACCCGGGGUUCAUUCAUUCCGCAGUGAUGACAGGGCUUCAGCCUUCAAGCAUCUACUCCUACAAAUAUGGAAGUGAUUCUGUUGGUUGGAGCGAUCAAUUCCAAUUCCGGACUCCACCUGCAGGGGGAUCAAAUGAACUUAAAUUUCUUAUAUAUGGUGAUAUGGGAAAGGCUCCUCAUGAUGCUUCUAUUGAACACUACAUUCAGCCAGGAGCCCUCUCAGUGGUUCGAGCUCUGACUGAUGAAGUAGACUCUGGAAAUGUUGAAUCCAUCUUCCAUAUUGGAGACAUUAGUUAUGCCACUGGAUUCUUAGUAGAAUGGGAUUUUUUCCUUCAACUUAUAAGCCCAGUUGCUUCCCAAGUUUCUUACAUGACUGCUACUGGAAACCAUGAGAGGGAUUAUCAAGAGUCAGGGUCAGUAUACAUUACUCCUGAUUCAGGAGGAGAAUGUGGAGUUCCUUAUGAGACUUAUUUUCCAAUGCCAACUGCAGCAAAGGAUAAGCCAUGGUAUUCAAUAGAGCAAGCAAGUGUUCACUUCACAAUAAUUUCAACUGAGCAUGACUGGUCGGAAAAUUCUGACCAGUAUGAAUGGAUGAAAAGGGACAUGGCUACUGUUGAUCGAUCAAAAACUCCUUGGUUAAUUUUUAUGGGGCACAGACCCAUGUAUACUUCAACAGACGGAGUCUUUAGUGUGGAUAAGAAUUUUGUUAAAGAUGUAGAACCAUUGCUACUUGACAACAAGGUUGAUUUGGCUUUCUUCGGCCAUGUUCAUAAUUACGAGAGAACUUGUGCUGUUUAUCAAGAAGAAUGCAAGGCCAUGCCUACAAUGGAUGAAAAUGGCAUCAGCACAUAUGAUAACAGCAAUUACAGUGCUCCAGUGCAUGCAGUUAUGGGUAUGGCUGGCUUCACCUUGGACAAGUUCAAAACUGAUGAUGUGGACUGUUGGAGUUUACGCAGAAUUUCUAACUUUGGUUAUGUAAGAGGGCAUGCAACAAAGGAAGAGAUAAAUUUUGAGUUUGUAAAUGCAAACACAAGGCAAAUUGAGGACAGCUUCCGCAUAAUUAAAAAGCAAAGUUCUGAAUUUGUAGAUGUCUCACAAAUAAUGAAUCGCUUUGCCGGGAUGCCAAUGGAUGAACCCAACACACAGAGUGACAUAUAGUACCUCUUCUUUCUAUCUAUAGGAUGAUCUUCAAAGAAUAUCUCUCAUACGAAUUCUUUUGGAUUUUGUUAAAGAGAGACUAGGGGCACAAAUUAAUGUGUAUUUGAUUUGAAAAUAAUAAUAAUAAAGUCAAAUUGUAUAUAAAAAUAUCAAAGAAAACACACACACACACUCACCUUAAUUUUGUGCACCCAAUAAAUUAUUAAAAGGUAUAGUUGUUUUAUAA